UGUAAUGUUAUCAUCGGGUAUAAUCGAGCAGCUGUGGUGAUUGACGACUACUUAACUAUCGAUGGCUGAGGGAAAAUCCUAUUAUGCAUGGAGGCAACUCUACCUCGGCAGUGUGGCAAAUGAGAGGAACACUUAAAAAACUCAAUCUACAGUUGUACGAACCACCAAGGUUGCACUGUCGACGAAUAUUCAUCGAACGCGGUAACCCGGGCACACUGUUUAGACCUGCCGACUGCAUCCGUUUGAUCCAGUCAUGGUAUCGGUAUAUGGUAUGGUCGUUCUACUUAAAUGCGAUAAAAAACAACAACAAACCUAGUGUUAAUACUUAAUAAUAAAAAUAAUAAUAAAAAAAAAAACAAAAUGGCAGUGGUGGCGUCAAUGCACUAUAGGUACAGUGUGAGUACUGUGUAAUAUAAGUGUGUGUGUGUGUGUGGUGUGGUUAAUGAGAGGCGGAAUUACGGGUCUUUGAAAACGUUUGUAGAAAACAAAUAAUAACGUGACGAAAACACAGUCUAUGUGUGUAUAUAACUAAACUGUAAACGAAGGUGACGGUGAAUUCGGGAAUCGGCCAACGGUGUGUGCGUUGCAUCAGCCACAUUACUGUGUACGAUUUAUGUGUGUGCGUGCACUGAGUACGGACUUCGGGGCCACUACGCAGCAGCAGCGGUAGAUUAGUAGAUACGUCGUUCGCACAGCCAGAAAAAAUUACUGAUACACACCGACACACGUAUAUACAUAUUAUGUAUAAUAGUUUUCAUACAUUAUAAUAAUAUAAAAAUUAUUGAAAAAUCGACUGGGACGACAACGGAUUUUUUAGUAUUGUUCACACCUAAUCAUUGUUGUUUUUUAUUAUUAUUUUUAUUAUAUUAUUGUUUCGCCUGGCCGACCGGGGCGCAUGUUUUUCGCCGCGACGUUUGCCUAACCCAAUUGAAUUUUCGUUAUUGCCAAGAGUACAACACCCCGACCGGGACUGGAAAACAACACACGCUGUAAACAUGAAUUCGAUACUUUCACGUCGUUCGUCGACUAGAUGAUUUAAAAGAAAAUACUGGGUGUUAUCACAAACUAUGGCAGACGUGUUGCAGUCUCUUUGUAAUCCUCUGCCGUUGUCAUCAAGUCAAUCGUCCAUAGUAAAAGAAGGAUGGUUGUUUAAGCGAGGUGAACACAUAAAAAAUUGGAGGUCCAGAUAUUUUAUACUGUUUGCUGAUGGUUCGUUAAUGGGCUACAGAAAUAAGCCCGAAAGUCCCAUGACCGAACCUCUUAACAAUUUUACGGUCAAGAGAUGUCAAAUCAUGAGUGUAGAUCGUCCCAAACCUUACACGUUUACUAUACGAGGGCUUCAAUGGACAACUGUUAUUGAACGAACGUUCCAUGUAUCAUCCGAAAAAGAAAGAGAAGAAUGGAUGACUGCUAUUAAAGGUGUGUCUGAACGUUUGUCUGAUGUUGAUGAAGUAGAAAUGGAAGGUGUCUCGCAUUCAACAAGUAUGUCAAGCACAAUGUCUGGACCUAGUUCAGAUGAUUUCAGUGCCAAAUUUUCCGUUCAAGGAACAUCUUCCAGUAAAUCUACUGGUAAACGAAAAGUUACGCUUGAGAAUUUUGAGUUUCUUAAAGUGCUUGGAAAAGGCACGUUUGGUAAAGUGAUUUUGUGCCGUGAAAAGGCCACUGGUCAUUUAUAUGCCAUUAAAAUACUCAAAAAAGAAGUAAUAAUUCAAAAAGACGAAGUUGCUCACACACUAACUGAAAACAGGGUUCUCCGCACCACUAGUCAUCCUUUUUUAAUUUCAUUAAAAUAUUCCUUUCAAACGGCGGAUCGGUUAUGUUUUGUUAUGGAAUAUGUAAACGGAGGAGAAUUGUUCUUCCAUUUGUCGAGGGAACGUGUGUUUACUGAAGAUAGAACUCGUUUUUAUGGCGCUGAAAUUAUAUCUGCCCUUGGAUAUUUACAUUCUCAAGGAAUUAUCUACAGGGAUUUAAAACUCGAAAAUUUACUAUUAGAUAAAGAUGGUCAUAUAAAAAUAGCUGAUUUUGGGUUGUGUAAAGAAGACAUCACUUAUGGGUCUACAACAAAAACAUUCUGUGGUACACCCGAAUAUUUGGCUCCUGAAGUGCUAGAAGAUUUAGAUUACGGAAGAGCUGUUGAUUGGUGGGGUAUCGGAGUAGUCAUGUACGAAAUGAUGUGUGGUCGAUUACCAUUUUACAACAAAGAUCAUGACAAACUAUUUGCCCUAAUUUUGAUGGAAUCUGUUCGAUUUCCAAGAGGUCUUUCUGCCGCUGCUAAAAGUCUAUUAACUGGUCUUUUGAUCAAAGAUCCUAAAAAACGAUUAGGUGGUGGUCCUGACGAUGCACAAGAAAUCAUGACUCAUGUAUUCUUUAGUAGUAUUAACUGGCUGGAUCUGGAACAGAAAAAGAUUCCCCCACCAUUCCAACCUCAAGUAUCAUCAGAUACGGACACAAGGUACUUUGACUCUGAAUUUACGGGAGAGUCAGUUGAGCUUACACCGCCUGACCUAUCGUCACAUCAUCUUAAUAGUAUUGCAGAAGAAAUGGAACAAUUGCAACCAUAUUUCCCACAAUUUAGUUAUCAAGAUUUAGCCGGGUCUAUAUCAAUUAGUGCCAGUUCGUGUUUCAGUCAUACGUGAACAAAAAAAAAAAAAAAAAACAUUAAAAAAUGUAAGUGAUUCCAUAAUUGCUUAACAAUUUAUUAAUUAAUUUACAACAAAUAAUAAUUUGACAAAAUCUUUUUUUUUGACAAUAGGCUAUUUUUUUUUUGUAAAUAAAUUAUAAUAAUUAUACAAUGUUUUGAACUAGUGAAUUUUUUUGAACGUUGGUCAAAUACUUAUUGAAACUUAAAACACAGAGUCACACGUGUAUGAUCGUUCAGUAUUUAUUAAUUUUUCAAAAAAACAUUUUUCUGUAUGUAGUCAUUUAUAAUUAUUGCUGUUUCUCUUUUUUUAUCUUUAUUGUUGAAAGUGUUAUUUUUGUGUACAUAUUGUUGAAAAAUUGUUCUAAAUACUUUUACAGGCCUCCCUUAUGUACAGGAUAUAUUUUUAUCCUUGAAUAAUGUAUAUGUUAAUCUAAAAUAAUUUAUUUUACUUCUACUUGUUUUAGAGAUUUUUGAUAAGAUAUUAUUUACAUUAACUGUUUACCCUUAACUUUACAUCAUAGCAAGUUAUAGAGAUUGUUAUAUAUUGGGCUGUAAUGGGAGUGUGAUUGGGAAAAUGUUUGAUAGGAAUUUUGUAUUCAUAUGGUAAUUGUAUUCUAAAUAUAUUAUAAAAAAAAGAGCUUUGAGUACAAGUUUUUUAACUAUAUACGUUUUGAAUUAUAUUUUGUAAUGUAGCCAUGAUGCAUUGUGUGACUAAUUAUUGAUUAUCAUUAUUUAACGAAGCCACCAUACAAACGUCCUACUUCAAAUUGAAAUUAUUGUCACUCAUUAAAUUGUAUUAUAUUGUAUUUGUAUGUAUUUGUGUAAUAUUAAGAGAACAAAUUUAUAAAUUGCACAAA